UUGUGUUUGGUUGAUGUUGAUUUAGAGUUUAUUUAAAUUUUAUUUACCAAAAAUUAAAAAAUUACAAUAAUAUAAUGUUCAAAAGUUGAUAUCCACGAUAUUUUUUAGUUUUUUUUAUUUUCGUACAGUUACUGGAGUCUAGUAGCAAUAUGGAUCGGAAAACACCGGAAUUACGACCUGCAAUUAAUGAAUACUUCAAAGACCCAUCGCCAUCAUCUAACUUGUUUGAUAAUAUAUCUUCUCAUGCUACAGCCGACAGCAAACGAGAAGAACCAGCAGUUUGUCGUAUAUUCCAACAAAUUGAAACCAAAAAAACCGAUAUAUUUGACAUCAUAAAACCUCCAGAGGUUAAUCAUAAUAGUAGUCCAGCAUUUGAUGUUCAAGAACCAACAUUCUUAAAUACUGGAAGUGACAGUGUUGAACUUAUGGAUAUAUUCAAUCAUGAAUAUGAAUUAUCUUCAAUUCCAGCCGAAGAUGAAAGACGACGAUUUGCUUGGAUACCAUCUGUUAAAACAAAAAAUACACUUGAAAAGGCUUCACAAAUGAAUCAUACAUUACCCAAAGAUAUGUUAACUAUGCCUGGUGUUGAAAAUGUUAAUUUUACAAUUAAAUUAUAUGAAAAUCUAGUGUCAUAUCUUGGUGAAACUGAGGCAGCCGCAUUUAAAAGUAAAACUAUUGAAGAAGUUACACAAGAUGAACGAGGUUUGAAAAUGUUGAUUGAAGACAACAACUUCUCUGAAGCAUUAAACUUGACAACUCGAUUGUUGGGAAUGUAUGGUCAAGGACCUGGGCAAAUGGGCUAUCCAAGUAAACAUACAAAAAAUUCACUUCAGCUGUGGUUCACAAGAUUUGCAUUGCUAGUGAAAAUUUGUGCAUGGAAAAUUGUUAGCAAAGAAGCAUUAGCCUGGGAUGAUUUGGAUCGUCCAGAUCUCUACAUGCAAUGGUAUAAGGAUCUAUAUGGUAACAAAUAUGGGACUCUUGUGCCGUUCAGUUUUAGACUUUUACUUGCUGAACUACCUCAGUAUGUAAUUUCAUCAACCAAUGUUUAUAACAAACUAUUUGAAGUACUCAUUGGUGUUAAAAAGAUCAUAUCAAAUUUAGAUAACGGCCUAACUGAAGAUGGUAGAAAUGUAGAAUUGACAAUACAAGACCGAAACACUUCAAAAUUACUUUGGUACUCAAGAGAAGCUAGAGUUAUACAUUCAAUUAUUAACUGUGCUAUAAACCAAAAGGAUUUUAAGCUUGCAAUCAAAUUAUUAAAAGAUCUCAUCGAAACUCCACGAUUGAAAUACACAACUGAACAUUCUCGGUCACUCUUAUCUGCAAUGGGUCGUAUUUAUUUACAAGUUGGUGAUCUCAAAGCUCAUGGAUACUUUCUUAAAUCAUCUCGAUUGAAACCUCAAUUACAAGGAACAAUGGGUGAAAAUAAAGCUGAUUAUCGUGAAUUAAUAGAUGCUGCUUUAUUGGCUAUCGCUCAAAAUAAUUACAAAGAAGCAUACAAACAUUUCGAAAAUGCAUACUUAAUGGACUCAAAUAAAGUCAUGGCUUUAAAUAACAUGGCUACAUGUUUAUUUUUUGAAGGCCAACUAAAUAAUGCAAUAACACUGUUGGAAGAUGCUAUACAGAGAUUUCCAGAUUUGGCAUUAAAUGAAAGUUUAUUAUCCAAUAUAUGUUGUUUAUACCAGUUUCAAAAUUCUGCAUCUAAUAAACAGAGAUUACUCAAGUAUCAUAUUAUUUCAAAAUAUAAAAACAGUGUCACCGAUAUUAUUAAUUAACUAUUAAGUGUAAUUUUAUUUGUUUUAAAA